AUGCCUCCCAAAACUGCGGGGAGCAAGAAGACAGAGAAACCAGCACAAGUUAUAAAACCUCUUGUUGAUGGGAAAGGAAAGAAGAGAAAAGCAAAACGAAAGGAAAGUUACGCUGUAUACAUCUACAAAGUUCUCAAGCAAGUUCACCCGGACACUGGUGUCUCAAGUAAAGCAAUGAAUAUCAUGAAUUCCUUUGUUAAUGAUAUAUUUGAGCGAAUUGCUUCAGAGGCGACACGUUUGGCUCACUAUAAUCAGAAGUCUACGAUCUCUUCUCGAGAAAUACAGACGGCAGUCAGACUUCUUUUGCCAGGUGAAUUGGCUAAGCAUGCUGUAAGCGAAGGCACUAAAGCUGUGACCAAAUACACGAGCAGCAGAUGA